AUGAUAAAAAUAGCAUUAUUACAGAGAGGAAACAAGCUGAUUGAAUAUUUAAAUGCAGCAUCGUGGCAUUUUGAUGCAUCGUGCUCAGCCGACUAUGAAAUCAACUUCUCUACUCUUAUUUUAUUUCUCAGCUUGAAGUUCCAUUCCGCAAAGCCCGAGUACAUCUACAAGCGGAUAGCCAAGCUAAAAGAAGCAAAACUGAGAAUACUAUUGAUUUUGAUAGAUGCACCAAACUUCAAUACGUCUCUACAGGAGCUGUUCAGAACAGUGCCGAUCAUCAUUGUUCUUUGCAGAACCUAUGAAGAGUGCUCAAAGUACAUCAAAGGAUUCGAUCUUUGCUCAAAAAGAGGAGUAGAGAUAUUAAGAAACAAAGACUCGACUGUAGAUACAUUUCUCCAAACGUUUAAUAAGGUUAAUAAGACAGAUGCCGCCACUUUAAAAAGAAAAUUCAGCACAUUGUUGGAGCUUUUUAAUGCAGGUGAAAAAGACUUGGCAAAUGCGGUGGGAAUAGGAAAGGUCAAGGCACAACAGCUUAAAAAGUAUCUGGAUAGAUCUUUUAAAAGGUAA